GCAAGCACUUAACUAGCAUCGUCUCUUAGCAGCUAGUGGUGACCCACGUGAAGUAGUUGCGGCAGAGUUUCGGAAGGUCGACGGCGAUGGCGUCCGGGCAGGAGAGCAGGAAGGAGCUGGACAGCAAGGCCCGCGAGGGGGAGACCGUCGUCCCCGGCGGCACCGGCGGAAAGAGCCUAGAGGCCCAGGAGCACCUCGCCCAAGGGCGCAGCCGCGGGGGGCAGACUCGGAAGGAGCAGCUGGGGCAGGAGGGGUACAGCGAGAUGGGGAAGAAGGGCGGGCUGAGCUCCACGGACGAGUCCGGCGGCGAGCGCGCCGCCAGGGAGGGCAUCGACGUCGACGAGUCCAAGUUCACCACCAAGUCCUAGAUGCGCAUGCGCAUCGACGUCGUGUGUGCUGUGGACACUCACGACGUAGUAUGUCCGUACGUAGUAGCUGGCAGUUAAUUAGUUAGCCGUAGGCCGGCAUGUGCAGUGAAUAAUGUAGGGCGUACGUUGACGCAUGCAUGUAGGCGAUCAUACGUAACGUGUGUAUGAUCAUGUGUGCUUUGCUUUAGCUAGGUGCUGAUCGGUGUCGAAGUGACUUCGUGUGAGGCUGCUUGCUUCGGGCUUUUGUCGUCUAGUCUAGCCUCUUUGUUUCCGUGCCCGUCUUGUGGCUCGCGAAUGCUUUCUUUAGCAGCUCAUGCCUUUGUCCAGCAGUGUCCCUUUGUAUCCUAAGCUCCUUCAGUAAUGAAGUUGUCGGGUUUCUUGUCAGAA